GGACGAUGGAGCGUAAUGGCUGCUGCCAACCGCAUCCCCCUCAACCAGCCAAGACUGCGGAAGGUCACUGAAGGAGCGAACAAGUCCCCUGUGUCCGGACCCCAACCGCAUAUCAGCCGCAGCCCUGCGUGGGCAUCCUUCAGGGGCCCUGGCCGAAUGUUGCAAAGCUCAGAUAUGGCGCAACCAGAUUUGGGCGGAAGGGUUGUCUUUAUCAUCCAUCCCCUGCGCACUCAGAUGUCGAUGCCCAGACCACGCUGGCUUGGAGAAAGCUUGUCGUGCAUGCCUAGCUUCUGCCAAGUGAGAGCCGCUUCAUCUGACUGUUUCGCCGACCACAACCCAGAAUGCACCAGCACCACCGGCAGUUGGAGCCCGCCCGCGAAGGCAAACUUAGGGCGGCCUGUGACCGGUGCCACGACCUCAAAAACCGCUGUGUGAGAGUCGGGGGCGUUGACAGUCGUUGUGACAGGUGCGAGAGGCUGGAUAUCGGCUGCGUGUAUCGAAACUCGUCGCGGAUGGGCCGCCCGAAGGGGCAAAGAAAGGCAUCUGUGUCCCAGAGCGCUCUAUCAGGGCCGGGAAACAGCAGGCAAGCCCGGAUACCAAGCCUAUCCGCUGACGAAGUGCCAGACAUGUCGUCGACAACUCCAGGGAUUGCGCCUGACAAUGGCAACUUGGGAGAUGUUGCCAGUGAAGAGACGACUCUUGUUGACUCUCCGUCGGAUGGCCUGAGCAUUCUUGUCCCCCCUCCUGGAGGUCUUCGCCUUGUUCUGGUCGCCGAGGAGAUGAAGCUGGACAUCUGGAUGUUCCGCUUGCAGGUGCCGACUUCAGAGGGGAACCCGACGUCCACAUCCCGGUCGUGCGACGCUCGCUGCACCGACGUCUCGGCGGUGGGCUACAUCACGGUUCAGCAGGCGCUGACGUGCUACUCGUUCGUAUUGUUGGUGCUGGAUCGCGUUGUCAACGCCCUGCAGAGCACUCGAGCGGGGGAUCAGAACCAGUCUGGAGUACUCGAAGUGCCAUCGCCGUUGAGUCUAGGGUCCUUCAACCUGGCCUCCCAGCCAGCCCUUAAUGCCGAGAUGGUGCUCCAUCUUGUCUUUCGCAUGAUUCAUCAUUCACGAUCCCUCAUCCAUUCACUGGCAUUGCAGUCCAUAAGCCACGCCGCUUCGGACUUCUUGAUUGAGAGGGAGCGAGUGCUGCUCGGGCGAUUGUCGGUCUUGACGAGAGACGCAUGA